CCCGGGCCGGCCCGCGCCUUUGCAGCGUGCUUCAUGCAUCCGGAGCCCGCCCCGCCCCCGAGCAGCAGCAGCCCGGAGCUUCCCCUCAGCGGCAGCCGCCGGAGCCGCCGCCGGAGCGGGGACGGGGAGCCCCCAGGGUCGCCGCCACCGCCCGCCGUCACUUACCCGGACUGGAUCGGCCAGAGUUACUCCAAGGUGAUGAGCCUCAACGAGCACUCGAUGCAGGCGCUGUCCUGGCGCAAACUCUACUUGAGCCGCGCCAAGCUCAAAGCUUCCAGCCGAACCUCGGCUCUGCUCUCCGGCUUCGCCAUGGUGGCGAUGGUGGAGGUGCAGCUGGACGCCGAACACGACUACCCGCCAGGGCUGCUCAUCGCCUUCAGUGCCUGCACGACAGUGCUGGUGGCGGUGCACCUGUUCGCGCUCAUGAUCAGCACGUGCAUCCUGCCCAACAUCGAGGCCGUGAGCAACGUGCACAACCUCAACUCGGUCAAGGAGUCGCCCCACGAGCGCAUGCACCGCCACAUCGAGCUGGCCUGGGCCUUCUCCACUGUCAUCGGCACGUUGCUUUUCCUGGCUGAGGUCGUGCUGCUCUGCUGGGUCAAGUUCUUGCCUCUGAAGAAGCAGCCGGGCCAGCUGCGGCCUACCAGCAAGCCCCCAGCCGCAAACGUCAACAAUGGCAGCACUGGGGGCAUCACCCCGGGCCAGGCCGCCGCCAUCGCCUCCACCACCAUCAUGGUCCCCUUCGGCCUGGUCUUCAUCGUCUUUGCCGUCCACUUCUACCGCUCAUUGGUCAGCCAUAAGACGGACCGACAGUUCCAGGAGCUCAACGAGCUGGCCGAGUUCGCCCGCUUGCAGGACCAGCUGGACCACAGAGGGGACCACCCCCUGACGCCCGGCAGCCACUAUGCCUAAGCCCUCCCGGGCCUGGGCACAUCCUCGCUUUGGCCUUAGGCCCUUCCCCACGAUCUCAUCCUGCCCCAGCCUCAAGGACAGCCUGUGCAGGGGGCUCGGCUUUUGUCAGGGGGCAGAGAGUGGAGGGGAGAGGCUCUUUUUUUAAAGAGAAAUUGUUGCACUUUGAAACUUUCCUCUAAGAAAAUAAGCACUUCCUGUUCUUCCAGCUCCAGGUUCACCUCCUAUUAGGAGGCCACCAGUGGGAGCCAGAGCGGGGACAAAUGCUCCCUUUGUCUUUCCCUCCUCCCCCAUGCCACCUGGAUGCUUCCUGUCUUUUCCGUCUUGACCGCCCCCCUAGUUCAGCGUCGAGUGUGUGCGUGUGCGUGUGUGAACACAUAAAUAUACUCAUAAGGGACACCUC